GUGAGGGACCUUCUCCUUUCUCCUACGCCCCCGUUCUUCACUUCUACAUACACCAACCCUUUCGCCUUGGUAACAUCUUCAACCUCACCACCCCAGGCCUCUUCCGCCGCAUUUCUGCCACCCUCUCUCCGACGACAAACGGCUCGCCUUUGUCCUCCUCUCUAGAGACGCCUUCCGGAUCGAGACUCGACGCUACGGCCCCCGCCCCGCUGGACGGUACCUUUUUCGAGUGCGACUGAGGAAGAGGGCAGCUUCCAGAGGGAAAAGAGAGGGAGACCACAAGCAGCAGCAGCAGCAGCAGUGGACGCGGGUAUAAACAUGGCGACCGCCAACAGCACAAUGCCCGACAUGGGCAAGCCGCAGUCCCAGGCGCGGGCCUGGUUCGAGCCGUUGCUUGUCGUGACCAUCAUGCUCGUCUCGCUGUUUGUGAACCGGGACCGCAAAUUCCACAUAAUACCCUCACCCGAUUCAUCUUCCGAGUCGUUAAUGAAGAGUGCCGCCUACGAAGAAACGAUAUCCCAGGCCUCAAGCAGAAGUGCAUCGCCCGAAGGACGGCAAAAGCCCAGCAUGGACCUCUCACAAAGCCCAUUUGUCUCCCAAUCCGACUCGAACAUGAACUUUCCCUCUCGAAUCCUCCAACGCUUUCCCUUCCUGGUCGAAAUGUUCUACUGGGCCUUGAACUUUUUAGCUUACGCCAUGACGAAGAAGAUUGGCGCCGCAUUGUACAGCAGGAAUGAACACAACGAAGUUACGGAAUUGGCACAGCAGCAUGGCAUUGCUAUCUUGAACAUUGAGCACAACUCCAUGUUCAAAAUCUUCUUUCCCAUUACCGAAGUCAGCUUCCAGCGCUUCUUUGUAAACAACCACGUUGGAAUCAUCACUCUCUUCAACCAAUUCUACUCUCUGGUCCAUAUUCCGGGAACGGUUGCCUUUCUUUCUUGGUGGUAUUACACCGCACCAUCGCACGAUCACUUUGCUCUGGCCCGACGCACCAUGACCUUGGGCAACUUCUCCGCUUUCAUGAUCUUCUCCUUCUGGCCAUGUAUGCCUCCUCGAUUGCUUCCCGAGUCCUUUGGCUUCCUCGAUACCGUACGACAGGAUCACGCCGAGAGUGUUUGGGUCGGAGGCGCAAGCGUCAAUGAAUUGGCAGCCAUGCCAUCACUACACUUUACGUAUGCAUUCAUCAUCGGCUGCACUUUCCUGUGGCAUUCUGGCAUCCUCAGCAUGCUUCGCGGACGACGAUCGGGCAAGAGCCCCGUGAUCAGCUUCAUUUGGAUGGUCGCUGGAAUACUGUACCCUCUUCUAGUCUUGUCCAUUAUUGUGGCCACGGCGAAUCACUACUAUAUGGAUGCGGUGGUAGCGACAUUUUCCGUCGCACUCUCAUUCUUGCUGAACCGGGUUUGGUAUGUGCUGCUCCCCGCGGAGGCACUGUUAUUGAGAGUGUUACGAUUGCGAAAGCCGAUUCCGACCACUGCGCAGUCCAAGAAGAUGGACAAGCCUACGGUGAUUGUCGAAGAGUGGGCGUAAAAUGCGUCUUUUGGACUUUUUACUCUCGCUCUCUCUCUCUUUAUUGGAUUUGGUGAGGAGUUUUGGGCGUUGCCUCAUUUGCCUGUAGACGGCCGUGUUUUAUGAUCGGUGAUGGGUCAGAAGUGGAUUUUGGUCAAAGAGGUUGAUGGUUGGUUGGCCUGCGCAUCUAAGGCACCUUUUCAUUUUGAUUAUUCGAUGCAUUGCGACUGGAUCUGGGAAAAGAAAGAAGAGACUUGUGAAGUCCAGCAUGUACGAGAUGUAUGCUGCCCUAGUUGCCGAAACAUGACUUGUUACAGUGGGAGCGAUUUGAGAAGGGGUGUCGCAUAGAGUAUUGUUAAUAGCGAAUGAGACCAUGGACCAGUGUUCCAUGUCGUGAAGC